AUGGCCAGAAAUGUGUUUCAGCCCUAUGGAGAGGUGAUGCCUAGGCUGGCCCCCCUGUGUGGCCCCCACACAGGCCCCUUUAGCUCUGUUGAGGGGGCCUUCCAGCCAAAGCCUCUGUCUUCAAAUCUACCACAGUCUCAAUGGAAGAAACCAGGUAGAUGGUGUGCAAUGCAUGCCCGCAUUGCAUGGAAAGUCCAUCAACACAAAGAGUCAACUAAGAAGAUGCAAGUAGAAGCAAAAAAUAUUGAAUCGAAUGAGAAACCUUCCCGAGAGCUUUCUGGGAAACUUAAACAUCUCGUUCAACCAUUCAUCUCCAGUCCAGACUCUUCCAAUGAACAGUCAUCCCUGAGCGAUUUCGGGAGUGAGAGCGUAAUCCCUUUUGAAACAGCAACAAACGCAGCCCAAAACGACAGGGGUCUCCGCAAUGGCCAGCCCCCUGGUAUAGCAGUCCCCUCGCCUUGCCUCACAAAUGCAGACCCAAACAAGGACCCUAACACUAUGGACAGAUCUUGGGUCCCUGAAUGUGGUCGUGGCUGGGACUCGAGCACAAGGAAGAGGGAGCUUGAGCGGGAGAACCAAAUGAAAGUCAAGAAGGUGAAAAGGGUAGAUGGAGACAGAGAGAACGUGCAAGAGGAGGAUUCCAAUGAGGGCACUCAACCACAGAGACCAAGAGACACAUCGUUCUCUUCUCCGGUUCGACAAACGCCAUCCUUCCACGGCCAGUCCGUUCAUCCAAUUGCCAUUAGGAGUAUCAGACCAGGCUCCCACACUGUCAGUGGUGGAUACAAUUUGAGUAGGACUCACAACACUCCGCCUAACAAACUUACUCCCUACCAAGGAGCAGAGAAGCCCUACAGAGCUGCUCCAGGGGCACCCCUGAGGGCGCCAGUUUGGGACAUGUACCAAGGGAUGGAUCUCCCCCCUCAUCCUGACAUUGUGAUGAGAGGGGAACAUAUGCACUCUGGGAUGGGGUCCCAGCAGCUGGCAGUAGUCUGGGCGCAGAGAAACAGUGAGACUUACCAGGGCUUCGCACAGACCUCCAUUCACCCCUCACUGGCUCUAAUGCAGCAGGAGAGGAACUUCCUUAAAGAGCAGGAGAACCUUCACAUGCUCAGAGAAAACGAGUAUCACCGAUACGGUCCUCUUAAACCCCUCCACUCUGCUGCUGUGAACUCUCACCUGCCUUCCCCCAGUCUCCUGACCUCUCCUUAUUCCGCGUCUCAGAUGUGCCAGAUAGGACUGCCACAGACUUACCAAGACGACCACAUUCACACUUUUCACCCCCCUUUGCCAUUGGGUACACAUUACCCCCUCGCCUCCUUCUCUGGCGCCCCCCACAGAACCACAUCUGUUGUUGUAGAUGUUGGAAGAUCCCACUCCAUCAUGCUAAUAGACCCCAAUAAGCAAUGGACCCAAUGA